AUUGACAUACAUGAGUGGUGAGAGAGUAGCGGAGAGGAAAAACAAUAAAAGAAGGCGUGGAACAAAGAAAAGUGCGCUCCCGUGAGCUUAGGUUUAGACUGAAACACACCAAACCAAACCGUCGCUGGGCCGGGCCGGGCUGGGUCGGUGCCUUUCCUUUAUAAAUAAAGUUGCUUCCUAUUUUAUUCAUUUUUACACUUGUCACGCUACGCUACGCGGUAUCUGCACGGAGAGAGAGAGAGAGAGAGAGAGAGGGAAAGAGGGAGUUGUGAUGUCAAUUACUCAAUUGUAUUGUCAAUGAGUGUCACUGCGUACUAUUUUGAUUAGUAAUUAAUUGUUAUCAGUUUUAUGAAUUAGGUGAAAUAAGAGGGAAUGAAUGGUGGGUGGUAAUGGCGAAGAGUGAGAGCGGGAGAGAGGUGUCGGUGUCGGCGUCGGAGUUGAAGGAGAAGUUGUGGGAAUUGGUGAAAGCCAUCGUCCACACCGAUGACUACACCGUUCAAGCCACCGACGAGGCCAUCUCCACCCUAAAGUCUCUGAAGGAUUUCAAAUCUGCAAGUGGAACCUCUUUCUCCGACAGAUUGGACCAUUUUGCCCUUCCUCCCCAUUUUCGCUGCCCCAUUUCCACCCAUUUGAUGACCGAUCCUGUUAUCUUGUCCUCCGGUCAGACUUAUGAUCGGCCAUUCAUCCAGAGGUGGUUGAAUGAAGGUAAUAGAACAUGCCCACAAACCCAGCAGGUUCUCUCUCACACAAUCCUCACUCCGAAUUAUUUGGUCCGGGACAUGAUUCAGCAGUGGUGUAAUGACCGUGGAAUUGAGCUGCCAAAGCCUGCUUGCGACAUCCAUGAAGUUGUGACUGAUGCCGACAGAGACCAUUUAAACUUCUUGCUUCGUAAGUUGUCCUUGUCUGUUUCUGAUCAGAAAGAAGCUGCCAAAGAGCUUCGCCGGUUGACGAAGCGAAUGCCUUCGAUUCGAACCCAUUUUGGGGAGUCUAGUGAUGUGAUUUUGCAGUUGCUGAGUCCUUUAUCGCCUGGCACGCCUUGUGCUGACUCUGAUCUCCAAGAGGACUUGAUCACCACGGUUCUGAAUCUCUCAAUUCAUGACGAUAAUAAGAAAGUGUUUGCAGAGGAUCCGACUGUCAUUUCUCUGCUUAUUGAUGCCUUGAAAUCUGGAACUGUUCAAACAAGAAGCAAUGCUGCAGCAGCUAUUUUCACCUUAUCGGCUCUCGACUCCAACAAGCACAUCAUUGGAAAAUCUGGAGCUAUCAAACAUCUGCUUGACCUUUUACAUGAGGGGCAGCCAUUGGCCAUGAAAGAUGCUGCUUCAGCCAUAUUCAACCUAUGUCUUGUGCAUGAGAAUAAAGGGAGGACGGUGCGUGAAGGGGCGGUUCAGGUUAUUCUGAACAAGAUGAUGGACCACAUUCUAGUUGAUGAGUUAUUGGCUAUACUGGCAUUACUCUCUAGUCAUCCCAAGGCUGUUGAAGAAAUGGGUGAUCUAGGUGCUGUUCCUUUCUUAUUGAGUAUCAUAAGGGAAAGCACGUCAGAGCGAAGCAAGGAAAAUUGUGUUGCAAUUCUAUAUACAAUCUGUUUUAGUGAUAGAACAAAGUGGAAGGAAAUUAGAGAAGAUGAAAAAGUCAAUGGUACACUUUCAAAGCUUGCACAAUGUGGAACUUCAAGGGCGAAAAGGAAGGCUAACGGUAUUCUUGAAAGGCUUAAUAGAUCUCCCUCCUUGACCCACACUGCUUAAUGAAAUCACUUCUUUGUAAAUAAAUUUCUUGUGUUCUUCUGUACAAACCAUCUCAGGUAGCUGUAAAAAUGGGAAAGAGAAGUUCACAUAUUAUGUACAUUAACCGCAUACAGUUCCUUCACUUGCAAUCAGGCAUAUGAAUGAAUGAGCAAAGUGUUUAACUUUUCCUUUAUUUCAUUCCUAUUUGAUUCCUUAUACCUUUUCAAAAAGCUCUGUUCUUUGCUAAAGGUUGCAUAUAAGGUACUAUAUUCUUCUAUUUAUCGUUUCCUGACUGCCCGUGAUUGAUGUUUUUGCUUUCUAAAUUUGUUACUAUUCUU